ACUUGGAAACGUCCUGUGGCAUAUUUCUCUAAACAACUGGAUCAAGUUGCCAAGGGGUGGCCAGCUUGCUUGCGAGCUGUCGCGGCAACUGCCCUAGUGCUUGGUGAAGCAGAGAAACUGACUUGGGGGGGACUGUGCAGGUGUAUACCCCUCAUAUGGUUCAAGCCCUGCUGGACACUAAGGGAGGUCUCUGGCUCACGCAGGCUCGGGUAGCUCGGUACCAGGCUAAACUCCUAGAAAAUCCUGAAGUUACCCUGCAGACCUGCCCCUCCCUCAACCCAGCCACUAUGUUACCAGAAACAGAGGAGCAGGAACAUGACUGUUUAGAAAUCAUAGAUGCCCAGUACUCCAGCCGUCCAGAUUUAAAAGAUCAACCCCUCUCAAAUGCAGACUGUGAGUGGUAUACUGAUGGGAGCAGUGCUGUCAUAGAUGGGCAAAGGAGGGCGGGCUAUGCUGUUGUGACCCUCUAUGAUACAGUGGAAGCAGAGAGUUUACCUGCUGGAUCAUCUGCCCAACUUGCUGAACUUGUAGCAUUAACCCGUGCACUUGAACUGGCAAAAGACAAACGGGUUAAUAUUUUUACUGACUCAAAAUAUGCUUUUGGGGUAUUGCAUGCUCACGCUGGUCUGUGGAAACAAAGGGGAAUGCUUACAGCUCAGGGGUCCCCAGUCAAGCAUGGGACACAGAUUCUCCGGCUUCUGGAAGCGGUGCAGCUCCCCUCAGAGGUAGCAGUGGUGCACUGCAAAGCUCAUCAACGAGAAGACCAGGACGUAGCCAAGGGCAAUGCCAGGGCCGACAGGGAAGCCAAGCGGGCUGCCACCCUGGAACCAUUGGAAGCUGAGGAGGCCCAUGUGCAUGCCCUCAUCCCAUCAGUGGGUGAGCUCCCAGCCCCUCAGUACUCUCGUGAAGAAAAGAAUCUGGCCGACUCCCUUGGGCUCCAGAAAAAGGAGGGAUGGCUCCACUCCACAGAAGGAAAAAUCCUCCUACCUAAAAGCCUAAUACGGCCAGUACUACAGAAACUAUAUCAGACCACUCACGCUGGAAGGGAGGCUCUCACCCAGCUU